AUGCGCAGAACGGUGGAAAUGGAUGCUGAGAUCCCAACUCAUCGCUAUGAGGCAUAUGACAAUUUUGGAGAUUUUGAACUUUCAAACAUCACGACCGGGGCGUUCGAGGAGCAAAAUUUGCAGUCACCUUCAGCAAUCUCGCACCUUCAGAUGCAUCAUGGUCAACAACACACAGAUGUCCAUCCACUGCUCCAGGUGGAGACUGUGGACGACAUCCCCUAUGAGAACUUUCAUCCCCAUCACGAGCAUAUCUUCCCGGCAAGCGCCCAACUCCAAUUUUCCGAAAUCGAUCUAGACCCGACUUGGGCACCCCAUCCUUAUCCGCAAUUCAUCAGCAAUACUGUCGGACAAACAGAUGGUUUCAGUGGCCUUCCGCUGUUCCCAUACACAGCAGAUCCAGUGGACCCCCCUCUGUCAGCAUACCAAUAUUAUGAAGAGCAGAAUAUCUGGCCUUCGUCUGACGAAUACAGCCAGUGCAGAAUCUUCACCACAAUGGAAGAAGAUGAAGACGCAGUUGACGACAAGCCGUAUGCCCGACUCAUCUACGAAGCUCUGAUGCAGGCACCGGGCCAUAGGUUGAUGCUCAGAGAGAUUUACGAAUGGUUUCGCCACAAUACUACUAAACCUCAAGAAUCUGGAUCAAAUGGUUGGCAGAAUAGCAUUCGGCACAACUUGUCCAUGAAUAAGGCAUUCGAAAACGACAGGGAUAGCGCAAAGGGCAGCGUGAGAAAAGCUACUAGCGUCUGGAUGCUGACCGAUGAGGCGAUCAAGAAUGGGGUCCAGUCUACCACAAGGUAUCGCAAAUCUGGAGCAGGCAAAAAGACACUGCGGGGCCGCAUACCAGCCAUUCAACGUCAAAGAGCGGGAGCAAAAGGUGGGCGAGCAGCGCGGCAUUCAGCCAAAAGGAGGUAUCAAGAGCAGGGUGCUUUCACUGACUCGACGCCAACGGCAAGCCCUUCGACCACAUCGUACUCCGACUACACCGACUACCAAAGCUUUGACUCCCUGGAUCUACGACUAGCAGCGAAGAGUUGGCCGAUGACUCCGGUGGAGCAGAAUCUAGCAGCUGAAGAAGCGAAUUUGCUGAGCUGUCUGUCUCCACAAAGCGCGCCGGGUUUCAGGCCACAGCGCAUUGGCUAUGGAGAGGAGAACGCGCAUUUGCAGGAUGCUCUCUUGCAGUCAAUGCAAGAUCAGUAG